GCCUCCACACAACUUGCUAAUGUUCCUGCUUUCGCUGGUUCCUUUGGCUUUCAGCUCCCUACUGGACCUAUAUCUGUAACCGCGACUCCAUCCUCUGCUGCGGCAAUCGAAACAGGCUCGCUUGGUGGCUUUUCUAUUGGUAGCUCACUCGGCACGGCCCGAAAUUCUUCUCCCGAACAGACUAAUUUCAAGGCUAUUCUGCUUGAUGAUUUCCACACCGCCAGACAGUUGGCCAGAGCUAACUCAGCUCAAACUGCAUCAAUUCAGCGAUCAGAUGCUUCUAACGCCAACCCAUAUGUCUACUCAAUUGAUCCUUCUACCUUACCUACGCCUUCAAUAAUGGCACAUGGCACAACUAGCCACCGACUCAGCUACCAGUGCAUCAACCCUUCAGCAAGCUCGGAUCCAUUUGUCUCUGUUAACUGCACUAGCUCUUCUUCACUUUAUCCUGACUUAGGCGUGACAAGGCCUGGUUUGCUCUCUGGUUGUCAUUACGCUGGCCCGACUACGUCUCAUUUAGCUGCCCCCAGCCCUAGUUCAUCUUCUUGGCUGAACUCAAGUGAGUCCUGUCUCUUCCUUGAGUUUGAUGCUAACGCCUUUUAUCACAUUAUUUUGAUACUAUAUUUUUAUCUUUAG